GGGACGGCGUGAACGACAAAGGAAGAGCGGCGAUGUCAAACGAGGAGGACGCGGCGAUCCCCGUCCGCGUGGCCGCGCGCUGCCGCCCCAAUGGCGCCGCGGGGCUGCGGGAUGGCUGCGUCCCCUGCGUCACCGUCGUACCCGGCGAGCCGCAGAUUGUGCUGAGCGGGGAGAAGGCCUUCACGUUCGACUUCGUGUUCGACCCGGCAGCCGAGCAGGAGGAGGUGUUUAGUAACGCCGUGGCCCCUCUCAUCGAUGGCAUUUUCAAAGGCUACAACGCCACGGUGCUGGCGUACGGACAGACGGGUUCUGGCAAGACGUUCACGAUGGGCGGCGCGUACAGCGGCGACGCCGAUCCAAACUCCACCGGGAUCAUCCCGCGGGCCGUGCACGCUCUGUUCCGUGGGUGGCAGUCACGUGACGCCUAUGAGUUCGCCAUCUCCGUGUCAUACCUGGAGAUUUACCGGGACGAAAUCAUCGACUUGCUGUACGUGGGCAAAGAGCGACCCUUGCUGUCCGUGAGGGAAGACCCCAAGGAGGGCAUCAAGAUCUGCGGCCUGACUGAGCGCGUGGUGGCGACAGCGGAGGACAUAAUCUGCUGCCUGCAGCAGGGAAACCUGUCACGCACCGUGGGAGCCACCGCCAUGAACGCACAGUCCUCCCGCUCACACGCCAUCUUCACUAUCACCAUCGAGCAGCGCGGCAGGGAGGACAGAGAGAGUCACUGCCGCAGCAAGCUCCACCUGGUGGACCUUGCCGGCUCCCAGCGUGCCAAGCGCACCAAGGCGGAGGGUGACCGCCUGCGUGAGGGCAUCAACAUCAACCGCGGCCUGCUGGCGCUUGGCAAUGUGAUCAGCGCGCUCGGGGAGGAGGGAGUGGCACGGCGGGCUCACCACGUGCCCUACCGUGACUCAGGGCUCACGCGGCUGCUGCAAGAUUCUCUGGGAAGUAACAGCCUGACCCUCAUGGUGGCCUGCAUCAGCCCGGGCGACUCCAACCUGGAAGAAACCCUCAACACUCUGCGCUACGCUGACCGUGCGCGCAAGAUCAAGAACAAGCCGAUCGUGAACCGUGACCCCAACACGGUCGAACUGCAGAUGCUCCGGCAACAGGUUCAACAGCUGCAGGUGCAGCUGCUGCAGGCUCGGGGUGGAGGUAUCGUCACGAUGCAGGGCGGUGGUGAGGGACAGGCCGCCAGCGUGCAGUCGGUGCUGGAGCGAAACCGGAGUCUGCACGAGGCCAACGCCCAGCUGAGCAGGGAGCUGCAGGUCGCUGUGGAUCACACGGCGCACCUGCGUGAGAAGCUCAUCCUGUCGGAGAUGGAGCGCCAGAAGCUGCUGGCGCGCUUCGCCGAGCUGAAGGAUCAUGAAGCGUGA